AUGCUUAAGCUUCCUGAGUACAGGCAUGGGAAAGAGGUUGUGUUGUCAGCAUCAGAGUUUUCCGUUACUUACCGAGCCAUCAGACUGAAAGACCUGGCCGAUGUUGCUGUGAAAGUAACGGAUACCGUGAAGCUGGCGGAAUCUGGGCGUUCAGACUACCGUCACGAGUCUCGAGUACUUCAGAAUGCAGUGCAUCCGCAUAUACUGCGCGCUGUGUAUGGAUACUAUGAUGAGGAGACCAAGAAGUUCCUGUUAGAAACAGAGUACUGCCGCGGUGGAUCUCUUUGGGGACUAAUGGCCUGGAUGCGGAAGAGUGAUAUGCGUUUUUCUGAGCAAGAGGUCUGGGAACUGUUUGCUCAAUUGGUGAGUGCAUUGCACUACCUGCAUAAGACCAACGAGCACAUUGGGAUAACUGCGCAUUUGAAUCUUCGCCCUGACAACGUUCUUCUUACUCAAGACGGUAUUUUGAAACUUUGUGGCUUUGGAUAUAGCGCUACUAGGGAGCCCAACAAGCUAUUUACGCUGCGCAAUCCUGGAACCGCCUAUCAUGCCCCCGAGGUUGUAGCAUUUACCAACUCUCAAGGUAGUAGUGAGGGGUACACGGAAGCAGCUGAUAUCUGGAGCCUUGGCUGCAUGAUUUAUGAACUCUGCACGUUUAGGCGCAUAGAGAAUGAGCCUGUAUCGUCCUUCAACCCAUUACCGGAGAACCUUGAAACACCAGGGUAUGCGGAUGACCUUCUCAUCCUUAUAAAGGCGUGUCUUGCUCCCAACCCCAGGGAGCGAAUCACAGCAGAGCUUCUUAUGGCCAGUCCCCCAAUUCAAGCCGCAUACGCUAGAAUUAACGAUAUCUUGAAAGCAGGAAGAAAGUGGUCUGGGCUGAUCAUAGAGAUGCAGCGUGAACUGCGUUAG